CCAAUGUUAAAUGGAGGGGGCGGGGUUACACCGGCCUGGUUUUGGAGGCGUUGGGCCGCGUAAUAACCCAAGUAGAGCGAGUGGCGAGCAUUUCGGAGGAACUACAAGAUGUGUGGAAUAUUUGCUUACCUGAACUACCAUGUACCUCGGACUCGUCGGGAGAUCCUUGAAAUUCUAAUCAAGGGUCUGCGUCGGUUGGAAUACAGAGGGUACGACUCAGCAGGUGUAGGGAUUGACAGUGGAAACAGCAAAAACUGGGAUGAAAAUGGAAAGUCCAUCCAGCUGAUUAAACAGCGGGGUAAAGUUAAAGCUCUGGAUGAAGAGAUCCACAAACAACAAGACUUAGACCUGGAUGUGGAGUUUGACAUUCACCUAGGAAUAGCUCAUACUCGCUGGGCAACACAUGGCGAGCCAAAUCCUGUUAAUAGUCAUCCACAACGUUCUGACAAAAACAAUGAAUUUAUUGUUAUUCACAAUGGCAUUAUUACUAACUACAAAGAUCUUAGAAAAUUUCUGGAAAGUAAAGGUUAUGAGUUCGAGUCAGAAACGGAUACAGAGACAAUCGCCAAACUGGUCAAAUACAUGUAUGAUAACCGAGAAUCUGAUGACAUUAGCUUUGCUACACUUGUGGAAAGAGUUAUCCAACAGCUGGAAGGGGCUUUUGCUUUGGUGUUUAAGAGCAUCCAUUUCCCUGGGGAAGCUGUGGGUACAAGGAGAGGGGGUCCUCUUCUUAUUGGUGUAAGAAGUGACCACAAGCUAUCCACAGACCAUAUUCCUGUUCUAUACCGUUCAGCAGGAAAAGACAAAAAAGGCUGCUGCAAUCUGCCUCGUGUAGAUAGCACCACUUGUUUGUUCCCAGUUGAUGAAAAGGCUGUGGAGUACUACUUUGCUUCUGAUGCAAGUGCAGUGAUUGAACACACAAACCGGGUGAUCUUCCUUGAGGAUGACGAUGUAGCAGCUGUGACUGAUGGGCGCCUUUCAAUCCAUCGGAUCAAACGCACAGCUGGGGACUUCCCAGCCCGUGCCAUUCAGACACUGCAGAUGGAACUCCAGCAAAUCAUGAAAGGUAACUAUAGCUCUUUCAUGCAGAAGGAGAUUUUUGAGCAGCCAGAGUCUGUAGUCAACACCAUGAGGGGAAGGGUCAAUUUUGAUAAUAAUACAGUGAAUCUUGGUGGGCUAAAGGACCAUAUUAAAGAGAUACAGCGAUGUCGUCGACUAAUUCUUAUUGCCUGUGGAACUAGUUAUCAUGCUGGAGUGGCUACAAGACAAGUUCUUGAAGAACUAACAGAGUUGCCUGUCAUGGUUGAAUUGGCCAGUGACUUCCUAGAUCGGAACACUCCUGUCUUCAGGGAUGAUGUUUGCUUCUUCAUCAGCCAAUCAGGUGAGACGGCAGACAGUCUAAUGGCACUACGAUACUGCAAGGACAGAGGUGCUCUCACAGUGGGUAUCACCAAUACUGUUGGGAGUUCCAUUUCUAGGGAGACCGACUGUGGUGUUCAUAUCAAUGCUGGUCCAGAGAUUGGCGUUGCCAGUACUAAGGCAUACACCAGCCAGUUUGUGGCUCUGAUUAUGUUUGCAUUAUUAAUGUGCGAUGACCGGAUCUCAAUGCAAGCCAGGCGUAAAGAGAUAAUCCAAGGUCUGCGUAUAUUGCCAGAUUUGAUCAAAGAAGUCCUUGGUUUGGAUGAUGAGAUUCAGAAAUUGGCAACUGAAUUGUAUCAGCAGAAAUCUGUCCUUAUUAUGGGCAGAGGCUAUCAUUAUUCUACCUGCCUCGAAGGUGCACUGAAAAUCAAAGAGAUUACCUACAUGCACUCAGAAGGGAUUCUGGCUGGGGAACUAAAGCAUGGGCCAUUAGCACUUGUUGAUAAAUUGAUGCCAGUCAUAAUGAUCAUCAUGAGGGACAACACCUACACAAAGUGUCAGAAUGCACUACAACAAGUUGUGGCCCGCCAGGGUCGCCCUAUUGUCAUCUGUGAUAAGGAGGAUUAUGAGACUAUUAAAAAUUCGACUCGAACCAUUAAAGUACCACACUGUGUGGAUUGUCUACAGGGAAUUCUCAGCGUUAUCCCCUUGCAGCUGUUGUCCUUCCAUCUUGCUGUAUUACGUGGUUAUGAUGUUGACUGCCCACGGAAUUUGGCCAAAUCUGUAACAGUGGAGUGAAAACUAGAUUUUUUUUUUUUGUUUGUUUGUUUUUUUUUUACAAACAAAUCAGUAAUUCUGAAUGGCAUCAAACAAGGAACAUAUUCCUUAUUUUGUAUUUUAUUCAGACAUUCUCAUACAGAACACCCAUAGACCCUUCUGCUCCUCUGAGUAUCUCAUUUUUCUCUGCUCAACUUUAUUUUCCUUGACAACCUGCAGAAAAUGUAUUUUGAGGUGAUGGUUUCUCCUGUACUGACAGCUUUUUUUUGUUUUCUUUUUGUUGUACAAAAUUGAAAUACCACACCUGUAGAAGUUAAACUUGUUGUUCAGGUAAUGUGUAAUUCUGGAAUGGUAGAAAGCCUUUAAUUCUAGAUGUUUGCCUAAAUUCAAAAUCUAAACUGUCUGUAAAAUCUGAGCUAUUCUAUGCAGAGCUAAAAAGUUUGCAGAUAAAAAAAAUUCCAUUGGCCAGUUUGGCCAUUUGUAAUGGACGUGCACUUGUGUAAGUAAACGGCAGUGUGAUCGAUUUUAAAACCUAUUUCAAUGUCCUAGAGGAAGCUUUCAGUCACCCGUGCCUUUUUUUUUUUACUUGUUACAUUUGUGUAAAGAAUGAAGGAUUUCUGUGUAUUUUUAUAUAUCAGGAGCAGGCUGUUAACAUUUUCUUUUUGUAUUUUUUUAAAUCUGACUUUUGGGACCAUUGGAUUAGAUGUUUUUGUUUAAUAUUGCAGGACAUAGUGAGAGUCUCCUUGCAAAACAGGUGAGCAGUUCAGCUCAGUUUUGAAUGACCCCUAGAGACGUACAGGACAUUUUAAUUGUGCAUCUUCUUAACUUCAGUGUUUCCACAGUGCCUCUACACAAUUUAUUCAUUGUCAUUUCUGUCAAAAACAAAAAGAAAACUGGCACUUUUACACUUGGAAAUCACUUUACACUCCUAGUAGAAAAAUGACACUAAAAAGGGGCAACUCAGUUGAGCAUAAAUAUGUGCAUUAUUAGAAAUUCUAUGCAAUCCAAGGCAUGUUCAUCAUGCAAAAAAUAUUAUACUGCUCAGCUGAGAAUGAAUUUAGACGUUUUCCAUGUGCAUAGUCUUCAAUAAGUAUUUAAUCAUUAUGCCACCUUCAUUGAGGAUUGUUUUCAUAUCAGUUUUAAAAUUGAAAUGAAGUUAAAAGGCUUGUAGCCAUAAUAGAUGCUAAUAUGCCUAAUUUUUAGCAAUAUUUAUUGUUCAUAAAUUUUACCAAGUCUAGCUUUUAUUUAUCAGGUUUCGUCCAAAAGGGCAGCCUUUUCUAGUUAUUUGUGAGGAAAAAAGUACUCUCAAAAUAGCUUUUCACAUCAUCUGUGUUUUUGUGUAUUUCUGUCGUUUGCCUUUGUUUCCAGUCAAAGCCAUUAUGAGCUCACCUCUAAAAGCAAUAGUCUUUCUUUUGUACUUUUGCCUGUAAGCAUUAUUUAUUAUGUAAAUGUAUGGUACUCAUGUCUUGCUUGGGUUGAAGGAGCGAUCACAGAUAUUUGAAUUGGUAAUAUAUAUAUUUUUUAAAGUGCAAUAGGUGUUGUUUAAAGAUUUGUUUCCAACUUCUGCAUACCUGGUAACUAAAGGACAAAAUUGUUGAAGUAUCCAGAAUCCAUUGUGUGUUAUCUGCCAUUGAAGGUGCUCAUCAAGUUUUGGACUUUAUUGCUUGUGAAGGCUGCUGUCCCGAUUUGCUUUGCUGAUCAUAAACACGGCUCUUACACCACUGAAGGCUGGUUGGCUUUAGUAGGUCUGCUGUGUCUCUUAACACCCCACAAUGUAAUUAUUUGUGACCAUUUAGCUCUUGGCCAACAUUCCACUUCUGCUGUUGGACAUAAACUGAAUCCUGUUUUGUGCUUUUGUUCUCCUUCUCUGUCAAUUGAAACUUCCGAACCCUAAGUGGAGAUGAGGAUUAUUUGUUGUUCUGGAUGCAUGCUGGAGGCAUGUACAUGCUUAUUGAUAGAGUGUGUGCAUGCAUAUAUCAUUGUGUAAUGCACUGGGGUAUAUUUGUUUGGCACACUAUUGGGUUUGUACCAGCAAUUGUGUCAAAACUGGAACUUUGAAUGUAUAAUCCCAGUGCUCAUGUUUUCUAGUAUGCUCCAUCUCUAACUUCUAGUCUUUUUCCUGUUUUGUUUAUACCCCAGUAAUAUAAAAGGAAAUAAGUUGUAUGUUUUUGUGAUGACGUUAAGAACUGUAAAACAUGCAUUUAUGAAUAAAUAGAAGUAUCUUAAGUA